CUAAAAUAUCGUCGAGACCGUAUGAUUAAAGGAAAAAUAAGUUAUUUAUUAGGAUUUUUGCCCCUAGGUUAUUCCUGAAACCCUAACCCAAGUUCCGUGUCCCUCCUUUUCUCACUUCCAUCUCGCCCCCUUUCUCUGCGGCUCUGCGCCAAACGCUCGCCGUCGCGGAGAAGGACCCCCUUACUCUUUGAGAACCUACGAUCUCUUACGAUGGCUGACAGUGAUGAUAAGAACAUUGAGAUCUGGAAGAUCAAGAAGCUCAUCAAGUCUCUGGAAGCUGCCAGAGGCAAUGGGACAAGCAUGAUUUCCCUCGUCAUACCUCCACGGGACCAAAUCUCUCGUAUUGCAAAGAUGCUUGGUGAUGAGUAUGGAACUGCUUCAAACAUCAAGAGCAGGGUCAACCGUCAAUCUGUUCUCGGCGCCAUCACGUCUGCUCAGCAAAGGCUGAAACUCUACAAUAAGGUCCCACCUAAUGGUCUUGUGCUCUACACUGGAACAAUUGUCACUGAUGAUGGCAAAGAGAAGAAGGUGACUAUGGAUUUUGAGCCCUUUAGGCCCAUCAAUGCAUCUCUUUACCUCUGUGACAACAAGUUUCAUACUGAAGCCCUGAACGAACUUCUAGAGUCGGAUGACAAAUUUGGAUUCAUUGUCAUGGAUGGUAAUGGUACCCUGUUUGGAACACUGAGUGGCAAUACCCGAGAAAUCCUCCAUAAGUUCUCAGUUGACCUGCCUAAGAAGCACGGAAGAGGAGGGCAGUCUGCUCUUCGAUUUGCUAGGCUCCGGAUGGAGAAGCGCCACAACUAUGUGAGGAAGACUGCUGAGCUGGCGACACAAUUCUUUAUAGAUCCUUCAACAAGUCAGCCUAAUGUAUCGGGUCUUAUACUGGCUGGUUCGGCCGACUUCAAGACUGAGCUGAGUCAGUCUGACAUGUUCGAUGCUCGACUUCAGGUCAAGAUUCUGAAUGUGGUGGAUGUCUCCUAUGGCGGGGAGAACGGAUUCAAUCAGGCAAUCGAGCUGUCUUCAGAGAUUCUCUCCAAUGUGAAGUUUAUUCAGGAGAAGAGGCUGAUAGGGAAGUACUUUGAGGAGAUUAGUCAAGAUACUGGGAAAUAUGUGUUCGGUGUCGAUGACACGUUGGCAGCUUUGGAUAUGGGCGCUGUUGAGAUUCUCAUUGUUUGGGAGAAUUUGGAUGUUAACAGAUAUGAGCUGAAGAACACUGCAACGAGCGAGAUUGUAAUAAAACAUUUUACCAAGGAGCAAGAGAUGAACGAAAGCAACUUUAGGGAUGCAGCUACCAAUGUUGAGCUCGAGGUUCAGGAGAAGUUGCCUCUGCUAGAGUGGUUUGCUAAUGAGUACAAGCGAUUCGGCUGCACACUCGAGUUUGUUACAAACAAGUCCCAGGAAGGGUCCCAGUUCUGCAGAGGGUUUGGUGGUAUUGGUGGCAUUUUGCGCUACCAGGUGGACAUGAGGUCGUUUGACGAGGUUUCUGAUGAUGGAGAAGUGUACGAUUCUGAAUAGCAAUCAGCCAAAUCUACCGUCCUGCUGGUGCAGGAGUGCAGGGACGAACAAGUUUCUGCACCAGCAGAAUGUGAGCCGGUCGUGGGACACCUGCGGCUCGGGAUGCGGAGCUCCCUGCUGCCAAGUACUCAGAAGAAGAAAUUGGCUACUUUAAUUCAGGAGGGGAGGUUUAUGGUAUACAAAGCUUCAAGGACGGAAAUAUUUUCGAAUCUCGUGAUGCAUCUUCGGAAGAACGGGUUUGUUUGGGUGGACAUAUCAUUGAACUUUGCGUUGGAACUUUGGACGCCCUCUAUGGGUGAAGUGUUAUUCAUCAUAUAGUUGGGGUCUCUACGUUUAAAGAACUAAGAUCCGGACUCGCUGUCUUUUUUUGAAUACAUAUUUUAGCCUGUGGUUGUGGUUUUGGCAUUGAAAAUGUUUCUGCAAUUGGAAUAAGGGCUGCCUUCUGCAGUUUGCACUUUGUUGCUGCCCUUAAUGCGAAGUUUGCAGAAGUAUACUUCUAGUUUAUGUGGUUCUAUGUCUUGGUUGCUGUUAAAUCGUGCUUUUGUGUUUCUUGACUAGGCGAAUAUGAUCAUGGCACGCACAUUGUAAUUCAUCGAAACGUAGAACAAGUAUUGUUCGAGUUCGAGUAGCAGAUUACAGUUGUGAACAUCUUAAUUUAUGCAGCU